UUCACUUUCAACUUCAUUCUCUUGACUCUCUUCAUUGUUCCUCGUCUAUAUGGCUUCAAAGGUUGUUCAACAAGGCAAAGGUUCAAUCACGACUUGAAUCAUUGGUACUUUGUUCGCCAUCCCAACGUCUGAGCAUCCAAGAUGUCUGUCGCCAAUGGAACAUCAGUCAAUGGCAAAUCGCCAACCUUAAAUGGGGAAACGAGUAACGGUGAAACUUCCAAUGCAAAUGCCACAACACCUUCUCCAACAAUUACCGCUCAACCAUACAGAAGAUGGGAACCACUUCCUCAAAUUCAAUAUGGUUUCGCAAUAUCACCUUUCGUACCCGAACCAGAUUCAAUCUCACUCGAAUUGAAUGCAGAGAUGGAUCCUGGUUCGGCAUUCACCACAAUUCAGCCACAUCUUAUCGGCCUUGAGGUGGGAGACGAAGUCUACGUGUUCGAACAACUCGGUCAUACAGAUGUCAGCUGGUGUCGUGGUUAUGUUGUUUCCACAAAUCGAGUUCCGACUUCAGCAACAACUACGAGCAGUCUUUCAGAUUAUUCCACUUUUCCAAGUACGAGUGCAGCAGGUGCAAGCUUGGUAGAAGAACCUCAGGUGUACGUUGGACUGUUCCCAAAAGCAAAUAUCCAUAUUCGGGAACACUUGGAUGAUGCGGAAAUGCGUUUAACAGAUGUAUAUGCAAAAGCAUUGGAAUCAGGCGUUGUAGGAGCAACUGCACCUCCUCCUCCAAAACCUUUGGUAAACACAAGUCAUAUGGAAACAUUACCGGAAGAAGAUGAAAAUAUCCCAAGUCAACCUACCAGUCCCGCAGCGCCGGAAUUUAAACAAAACGAUGUAUCAAUUGCAGGCGCUUUUUCUGCUCUUGGUUCGGGUGUUCCAGGUCAAAGCAAAGUCACUUUGGAUCAUUCUCGUCAAUCCUUCAUCCUUCAAGAUUCAGCACAACAAACGGAUGAAGAACGUCCACCUCCGCCUUUGCCAAGUCUUAAAUGCGGUGAUGAAACACGAACAGGGGUAGAAGAACCUUUGGUGGACGAAAUUGCAUGUGCAUUACGAGAAUGGAGUACACUGAUGUACAUCUAUUUGAGCAAGAGAGAUUACGCUUUAUUUUACGCUGUUCGUGAGCAUAUCGAUGUCUUACAUGCUGCUAGAAGGCAAUUGCUUGCACAAACGUUGAGUGAAGAAGAAUCGAGCAAAUUGCGAAGGGAAUGCGUUGCCCGAUUAGUCAAAGGGAAUGUCCAGCAAGGAUUGGAUGUGAUCGUCAGACAUCCUGGUAGAGGUGGUUUAGUGGAUGUUGACUUUACCGGCAAAGAAUCUGAUGCAGAGAGUUGGAUAAGUGGUAUCCAACUUUACGCACUUCAAGCAGCUUUAGCAUAUGUGGAUCAAGAAUCAACAACAAGCGAUUCCACCGGAGCUGUAGCCACAAAUGCGUUUGGAAUCACAACGCUCAAUACACUUUCUCCAGCUGGUAUCCUCAACACACCUUUGAACUCGACACACAAGCGAGGCACACUUAUCAAACAGCAACCUCAAAGGCCCAGAGCUGGAACGCUAACGGGUGGUCACACUUCAAAGACUGAGUCUAAUUCGGAUAUCAAGUAUUUCCAUGUGUACUUGGAUCUUCGCGCAUUCGUUGCAAGUCCUUGUCAACCAGGUGAAACAGCUGAAUUAUACUUUUCACUGUACAACAAAGCUGAAUCACGUUUCUUGACGGAAGAAUUCUGUGUAAUUCUCAACCAUCAAGGAGUGGCAGCAAGAAAGGACAAGCUCGGAAAGAUGCAUGCUUUGUUCACUGAUCUCAGUGCUAAUGAUAUGCAUGAUCUCAACGUUGUUUGUCGAAUCGUUAGAAAUGGAUAUAUGAGAAUAUCGAAUGUGGAUACCCAAAAGCCAAUCUCAAAUGAUAAAUUAGAUGCAACAGACGUCAGACCUGUUGAUCAGCUCAAUGGUGUGUACAAUGCACCAGAAGGUGGAAUACCCGGAUUCCGUUCAUCAAGAAUGACGGGUGAUCGUACAUUCAGAAGACCGUUUGGAUGCGCUGUUGUAGAAUUGGGUCAAGAUCAUCAGAUUGACGUUCAAACGACAUCUGCAAGUCCUUUAUGCGAACACAUCAUGCCGAUCUUCACUCCGGUCAAUGAAGCUGCAUUCAGUACAUUGCAUCAAGAUAUCAUUGCCUCACGAGUACGCGAAUUCGAAAAGUCCCCAAGAGCAGAUCUAUUGGCAGUCAAUGUAAAGGUAUUCUAUGGCGAAAAGAAUCAACUUGUGCGUGAGAAUACGGCUCUUUUGCAAGACACCGCUCUGACUGCAAGAUUGGGCUUCCCUGAUGUCGUCUUCCCAGGCGAUACACGUAAUGAGGCCUAUAUCAAGCUGUGGAGUGGUGAAUUCUUCCCUACAAGCAGUAAGAUGCCCGGUGGAAAUACAGCGAGGAAUAUUCAAAUCUCUGCUGAGAUUCGCCUGCGAGAUGGAAGUGUGCUUGAAAAAGCCAUUUCUCGAGGUUCAGGUGAAGAUUUAGUCACACAGUUCGACAGCACGGUCUUUUAUCAUCAAAAUGCACCGACAUGGGGUGAAUUGCUCAAAUUACAGCUGCCGACAGAAGUGAUGGAACACUGUCACGUCUUUUUCACAUUCCGACAUCGUAGUACAAAGGAAGAAAAAGCACCACAACAAUCCAAUGGUCAACAAAGUGGAAAUAGCCAUGCCUCCUUGGCACACAUCAGUCCACCGUUUGCACAUGGAUAUCUGCCAUUGUUCGAAACGAAUACAGCCUUCAUUCCAGAUGGCAGUCAUACCUUGUUGCUAUGGCGUAGUUCAAGAUCUGCACAACAUCUCAGUCCGGAGCUCUACUUCUCUUUGCCACCUACUGUCCCUGCCGGAAAACCUUUGGGCGAUAUCAUUCCACCAAGUUUGGCAAGCAUUAUUCAACCUUUACGUGAUACGAUGACUUUGCGUACUUUUCUCGUUUCUGCAAGGUAUACGCAAAAUGAAGUUUUACUUAAACUUUUACACUGGGAAAAUGUUUUGACUGAAAGUAUUGAAGAACUCAAGUCUGUUUUGGUCAAAUUUGCUUUUGUCAGUGAAGUGGAAAUUGUCAAAUUUUUGAGAAAUAUCUUUGAUGCUCUUUUUGGUAUCGUUGUCAGUCCCAAGAAUGGCUCAGGAGAACUUGAUGAUUUGGUUUUUAACUCGAUUGUGACAGUGCUGGGUAUCGUUCAAGAUCGUCGGUUCAACAACUUCCGUGCAACUUUGGAUGUUUAUAUUGAGGAGCAUUACCACUCUCAAACUGCGUAUGCACGAUUGAUGGCAUCCAUGUCCAAAUUGCUAUCGGAUCCUGCACGGCCUGAAACAUCGAAAGACUUGAGAGCAGCUAUCAAGGUUUGGCCGUACAUCUUCAAAUUUAUCGUGAGAAGUCGUGAAAACCAACGAGGAGUGAAGGAUCCUCUAGGUGCUUUGGGAGGAGCAGUAAGUGAUCACUUCGAAACAAGCUUCAAGAGAGACUUGGAUGCUCUCUUGCGCAGUAUCAACAGGUUAAUGUCUACUACCAAGCCAAGCUCGAUCAUUGGUACGCAAACGCUGGCUUUGCAAAACUUUGCUGGCACGCUUCCAGAACUGGCAAGGGUUUAUCCAAUGGAUGAACUAGCACGAAUCGAAACUGCAUUCGCUGAUAGUGUCUACGUCACCAAAGGUAGAAUGACAGUGUGGAAGUUGUUGCAUAUCCUACAUGUCACACACGAUGCUUUGUUCGAAGAUCAUACUUCUCGCUCGCAAAUGCUUCCCAGUAUCGUUCGUUGGAUCCGACCUCACCUUGGACACUAUGACGAAAGUAUUCAUGCAAGCGGAGGCGAACAUGAAGGUGCAAUGGAUUCAGCACGAAUUGCAUGGGUGGAAUCAGCCAGAUUGGCAGUUGCCAUUAUUGCUGUGGUUCUAGAUCGGUUGCAAGUGAGUUUGGUGAAUGGACGAUUGGGUCGGAUAAGUGCCGUUGAAGUUCGUCAAGAACAAGAUAAUGUGGAUUACGUAUUGUCAAUGAUGCCUAAAUUGUUACAGACGUACAAGGAAUUCCAUAGCCCUGCAACUCGCGCCGCAUUUGAACGUCAUCGAUCUCCGUCAACGGUUUCAUCAGUCGUGCCUGUUGUUUUCCCAUCUAGCUACCCCUUCCCACUCGUUGCCAGAAAACCGAUCGGAAACGUCAGUCCAGCACCCGUUCGUUCAUUGCGAAGGCAGCAAAGGAAGGAAGAUUAUCCGUACCUCAACCUCGGUCUUGGAGAGAUUGCAGCCGUGCUUACUGUUCUGGUGAUGUUGAGUCCAAGGCGACAUCUGAUUGGCUUCAUGGAUGAGCAAUUGGACGUCGACGGUCGGGAUAAAUUAAGUGAAUUCUUACACAACUUCUUUGAGGUAUCCACCAGCAUUUUGCUCAAUGAAGCAUAUCCAAGUACGUGGCUCAACAUCAACAUCUUGGCACAUCAAAUGGUACUCAAGAUGGCUGAUCCUUUGGCAACCUUGUUGGUUCGCGAUUUCAUUCCGCCUGCCGAUCAAUUGGAUACCUUCAAGACGGAUCUAUGGAAAGCAGGAUUGAGUAUGCUGCUCACCCUGCUAUCAUCGGACCAAUUGGUCAUCGAACGGUUCAAGCCGCAAAGACGAAGAGCAGUUUGGCGUUUGGCAGGUGAUGUUCGUGGUGAAGGUGCGCAAAUCUUUGCAAAAUUAUGGAAUUCAAUCGGAUGGCCUGACGGACAACAAGACAAGGUUGCUUCCAAGGAAGUGCAAGAAUCUGAUGUUGUUGAUUUGAACAAACUCAAUACUGGUGGCUUCCAGGUGCAAUUUGUACCUUCGCUUGUAGAACCGGUACUUGAGCUAUGUCUCAGUCAUCACGACGAACUGCGAACGUGCGCCGUUCGUGUCUUGGCAACGAUGAUUACUUCGGAAUGGCACUUGAACGGCAGCUUUGGCGUGAUUGAGGCCGAAAUUAUCGACAAAUUGGAUGUGUUGUUCAUUGCGGACACUCAAGGAGAUGAAGUCUCUCGUGCUUUCUUCAUUGGUCAAUUGCGAUCCUUAUUUGAGACACCACAAGUCGAUCCGCAAUUACAGGAACAAGUGCAUUCUUGUUUGGUCAGCGUGAAUCGUUUCUUGGAUCUCUUGUUGAACGUUCGCAAUCUCCCCCUCGAGGAAGGGUUUGAGGAUGAUCGAGUGUCAGGAACACUGAAGUUGCUUGGAUUCUUACGUCAGGCGAAUCGAGUGACUGCAUUCUCAACGCACGUUCUACGACUUGUCAAUCUUCAUUUGGAAAAUCAAAAUUACGUUGAAGCUGCUUUGACGCUCAAAUUGCAUGCUGAUUUGCAUACUUGGGACUUGGAUAGUUUUGUUGAACCUAUUGCAGAUUUGGACUUGCCUCGUCAAUCGCACUUUGCCAGAAGAGAAACGUUGUAUAUGCUAAUCUUGGAUUACCUGAACAAAGGACAAGCUUGGGAAAUUUCGAUCGAUAUCUGUAGGGAGCUUGCAAGGGAGUAUGAAUUCCGAGCGGUUGACUAUGGUAGAUUAGCAGAUGUCCUCAAUCUACAGGCGUCGUUGUUCAACAAGAUUGGAACGGAAGAACGUACAUUCCCCAACUACUUCAGAGUUGCCUAUUACGGAUCUCAAUGGCCUACCAGCUUGCAAAGUAAGAAUUUCAUUUAUCGCGGAAACAAUUGGGAGAAGUUUAGCAAUUUCUGUGAAAGGAUGCAUCAACGUCACCCACGCGCAACUUUGAUCAAGAGUAACAUGGAGCCUAAUGAUGAAAUUCGAUUCUCUACAAAUAUGUUCUUGCAAAUCACAGCAGUUGUACCUGAACCUGAUCGUACACAAGAUGUUUUCGUUAAUCCUGAAACGCCUCCUAUCGUGCGAGCGUAUUAUGAGCAUAAUACUACCAACUUGUUCAGUUUCACAAGACCGCUUGCACGCAAUGAAGAUGCUCAGUCUCGCACCGAUACACUGGCAAACAACGUGGAAACGAACAACAUCACCAGCUUGUGGGUUGAAAAGACCUUUUUACGGGUUGAAGAUUCGUUCCCUACGGUUUUGCGUAGAAGUGAAAUCGCAGAGAUUGAGGUUGUACGGAUUUCACCGAUCGAGAACGCACUGUCUGAUGUGGAAAAGAAGGUGAAAGAAUUGGAAACACUUGAGGUCAAGUUUGUCAGUCUAAGCAAAGUCGUUGGACAAAAAGUCAGCUUGAACACGAACAGGCUCAGUAUGGCCUUGAACGGAGCAGUUGAUGCACCGAUCAAUGGAGGUAUUCCGAUGUACAAGAAAGCAUUCUUAUCGCCAGCUUACGUGGGGGAACAUCCUGAAGAAGAGCCUUUGAUGCACAAACUACGACAAGCGAUCGAUCAACAAGCAAGCGUAAUCUUUAGGUGUAUCAAUCUACACAAUCGAUUAUGCCCACCGGAAAUGCGACCAUUCCAUGAUACAUUGGAACGAUUCUUUAAGCAAAACUUUGCCGAUGAGAUCAGCAGAUUGAAUUUAGACUUUGAAAGCUCAUCAUCUUCCGGUCUUGAAGGCUCGACCAGCAUGGAUGGUGGUCAAACGAUCACAAGGUCAGCAACCAAUGACAGCCUGACAGCACGUUAUGAUUCUCUAACCAAAAUGAAUGGGUUAGGCGAUCAUGAUUACAGCUCAACCUUGCUAUCUGCAACUGCAGCAAAUGCACCAAUUGCUAUCAGCCCACUUCAAAGACAUGUUGCCUACCUUUCCAAACAGGCUCAACCUAUCAAAUCAUCUCCCACAGCUCAGGAUAGCUCUGUUGCCGCAAACAAAGCGAUGUCUAACCCGAUCCAUCGGUCAACGGAUGCUCCUCCCGGCGCAACAAAUACGUUGACAGCCAAUGUUAUGAGCACAUCUGGAACGAAUCCUUUGGGUCUCUCUAGUAAUUCAACAGCUCUCAACGCUGUUGAAAUUGUCAAUUCUGACGCUGCUUCAAGAGCAGGCGGACCUGCAACAUCUCCCAAAACUCUCACGCGUGGCAUUGCGUCUCAGCAACAAAUCGGUGCACCUUCUAUGUACAGUGAACUUUCUUCUGCCACAAACAAAGGUCAAGGAAGCAUAUUCUCAAAAGUGACCGAAAGCGGUCGUGAACGUGCAAGCAAAUUGUUUGGCAGCGUUCGUCGUCGUUAAAAAACAGUUUAUACCUUUUUCUUUUGCUCUUGCUCCAUUAUAGGCGUUUCUUUUGAUAGUCGGAUGAAAUGAAUC